AUGGCCACAACAACAACAACAACCAACACAACACAACUAGAAGCUAUUGAAAAGCUACCAAGCGUAUCUGCCGAUCCUGAUGAUCAUGCCACUAUUGAUAGCAUGCAUACAGCUAUUGAGCCAGUGAUAGAUUCGGAGGUUACCACGCAUGCUGAAAAGCCAUGGGUGAUAAACGAUGCAUAUGACAAUUUGCCCGAAUCUGGAUAUGCUUGGCUGGUUGUGUUUGGUGCAUUUUGCAGCUACUUUACUACCUUGGGUAUUGAGACAAGCUGCUUUGCUGGUAGUCUUUUGCAAAUUGCAAUCUAUGUUGUCAGCCCUAUUGCACAAUUCCUCACUUCACAAUAUGGAGUACGGCCUGUGCUCAUUGCUGGUACCAUUUUGAGCGUGCUUGGCUUAGAGUUGGCUGGUUUCACUACAGAGAUCUAUCAUCUCUACCUUACUCAAGGGUUGCUAUUUGGCGCAGGUGCAUCGUUGUUGUUUGUGGCUGCGAUAUCGGUUCCUCCCCAGUGGCUGAAUCGUCGUCGUGGUUUGGGAAUGGGCAUUGUAACGAGUGGAUCAGCCAUUGGAGGCAUAGCAUUACCUUUCAUCAUGACGUCGUUGACUUCAAAAGUUGGUGGAGCGUGGACAUACCGAGCUUUGGGGUUCAUUGUUCUGGGAUUCAAUCUCAUUGCAUGCGUUUUGAUGAAAGAGAAAUAUCCACACAAGAACAAAGUCAAAUCAGCAGAUGAUGGCGAGCAACAACCCCCAGCAACCAAACGUCGCUUUACAGACACAUUCGAUUGGACAGUGAUUAAGAACGUCAACUUUUGCAUGUGGAUGCUUGCAAGCAUGAUUUCAGUUGCGGGAUAUUUCAUACCUUACUUUUAUUUACCAACUUAUACUACUGGUCAAGGCUUCUCGAGCCAUGAUGCUACGGUGAUUAUGGCUGUUCUUUCAACGUCAAGCUUUGUGGGUCGUGUAUUCAUUGGGUACAUGAGUGAUCGCAUUGGACGUCUUAAUACGCACUUGCUAUGUUUAUUUGUGAGCGCAAUCAGCUGCUUGUUGCUAUGGAUGUUUGCUCGUACGUAUGGCACCAUCAUGGCAUUCGCUGUCAUGUUUGGAUUUGUCGGUAGCUCAUAUUACACUGUUUUGUCUCCCCUAACAGCUUCAAUACUUGGAGUUGAAAAGUUUCCAACGGGCCUUACGCUUAUGCUUCUUUCGAACAUCAUCAGUAUAUUUGGUGUGAAUGUUGCUGCAGCCAUUCAAGAUAGUUUGACCGAUUCCCAGCCCUAUAUUGCUCAUAAGAUCUUUGCUGGUGUCUCCUUUGGUCUUGGUUUUGUGAUUUGUAUGAUGCUAAAGCUAACAGCAACGAGAAGUUUGGUAUCGAAGAUUUAG